CUACACCGCUGCACCUGUUGGUGAUGAGUGUGGCUCACACACACCCGCAGGUCUGGCCAGGUAACUCCACCAAACUUGUUCCGGACAAUAUAUGUUUUUUUUAUAUAUAUCUCCACAAACUCUGACCAGUCUCGCGAUCUUCGCUUUCCAAUGUUUACCUUUUGUUUACCUCUGUAUGGGUUCGGACCCCGUCUCUGUAGGCGCUGGCCCCUCCCCCUCGCAUCCUGGUGCUGACCACUGGCUCUCUCCUUCAGACUGUGGCCGGGGCACUCCAGCGCCCACAACAACCUGGGCACACUUCUUAACGACACCUCGGAGGCCGAGAACCACUUCCGGAUGGCCCUGAAGGCCCACCCACACCACGCCCACGCCUACUACAACUUGGCCAACCUCAGACAGCAGCAGGGUCGCAUGGUGGAGGCGGUGACGCUGCUGGAGGAGAGUCUACGCCACGAUGCAACCAACAGUGAUGCCGUGUCGGCCCUGGCUGGGCUCUACAGCGAGGCCGGACGCUCCACGGAGGCCGAGAGCCUCCACCUGGCACUGUUAGCUGCCCGGCCCUCAGACCCGGUGGUCCACAACAACUACGCCGCCUUCCUCCAGAAGAUCGGUCGUCGGGAAGCGACACUGCGGCACUACGAGGCGGCCCUGAGGCUGGACCCGGAGCACACCGUGGCGCUGGUCAACACCGCCACACUCAUGCUCACUCUACACAACAACAAUCAGGCCGAGAUGCUUUACAAGAGGGCGCUAGCGGUGGCCUGGGAGGCGGAGAUCGAGGAGAGUCUAGGAAAACUGUAUCUCAACACUGGUCGCCUGGAGGAGGCGGAAUCUACCUUCACCAGCGUCCUCACCCGCCAUCCCCACAUGCUCUCCUCCACCGUGUACCUG